AUGGGAAAAGUAGCAGUGGGGGCGGCGGUGGCAUGCGCGGCGGCCGUGUGUGCUGCGGCGGCACUUGUGGUGCGUCACAGGAUGAAGAGUUCGGGGAAGUGGGCUCAGGCUAUAUCUAUACUGAAAGAGUUCGAGGAGAAAUGCGGAACCAAUAUUUCGAAGCUGAAACAGGUGGCGGAUGCUAUGACUGUGGAGAUGCACGCCGGGCUCGCAUCGGAAGGCGGCAGCAAGCUCAAGAUGAUCAUCAGCUAUGUUGAUAAUCUCCCCACUGGUGAUGAGAAAGGGCUGUUUUAUGCUCUUGAUCUUGGUGGCACAAAUUUUCGUGUGCUACGUGUACACUUGGGUGGUAAAGAACACCGUGUUGUUAAGCAGGAUUUUGAGGAAGUUUCAAUUCCUCCACAUUUGAUGACAGGAUCUUCCGAUGCAUUGUUCGAUUUUAUUGCUUCAGCUCUUGCAAAAUUUGUUGCUACAGAGAAUGAAGGUUUACAUUUUUCACCUGAUAAACAAAGGGAGCUGGGGUUUACUUUCUCGUUUCCUGUUCGGCAGACAUCAGUAUCGUCUGGGACUCUUAUAAAAUGGACAAAGGGCUUCUCAAUAGAUGAUACAGUUGGUCAAGAUGUUGUUGGAGAAUUGACGAAAGCCAUGGAAAGGAUUGGCCUCGAUAUGCGUGUGACAGCUUUGGUAAAUGAUACGAUCGGCACGCUGGCUGGUGGAAGAUACAACAACCCAGAUGUUGUUGCUGCUGUGAUAUUGGGUACGGGAACAAAUGCAGCUUAUGUAGAGCGAGCCCAUGCAAUUCCCAAGUGGCACGGUCUUCUACCUAAAUCAGGGGACAUGGUAAUCAACAUGGAGUGGGGUAACUUUCGGUCUUCACACCUUCCAAUUACGGAAUACGACCAAGCUCUAGAUGCUGACAGUCUAAACCCUGGAGAACAGAUCUUCGAAAAAAUUAUCUCUGGUAUGUAUUUGGGAGAGAUUGUACGUAGAGUUCUGUGCAAGAUGGCUGAAGAAGCUGCAUUUUUUGGUGAUACUGUUCCGGCGAAACUGAAAAUUCCAUUCAUACUAAGAACUCCGCACAUGUCUGCAAUGCAUCAUGACACUUCUCCGGAUCUGAAAAUUGUCGCGGCAAAUCUAAAGGACACCUUGGAGAUAUCAAAUACUUCCCUGAAAAUGAGGAAAGUAAUUGUUGAGCUAUGCGACAUUGUUGCUUCUCGUGGUGCCCGCCUAUCUGCUGCAGGAAUUGUCGGCAUCCUCAAGAAAAUCGGAAGAGACACUGUGAAAGAUGGUGAAAAGCAGAAGUCGGUGGUAUCCCUAGAUGGUGGUUUGUAUGAACACUACACUAAAUUCCGAACCUGCAUGGAGGACACCCUCGUGGAGUUGCUAGGUGAAGAAGUCUCCGACAACAUCAUCAUCGAGCAUUCCAAUGAUGGCUCCGGCAUUGGGUCAGCACUCCUAGCAGCCUCUCACUCGCAAUACACUGAGGCUGACGAAUCUUAAAGACAGCCAAAGUAUAUCAAGGUUUUGCAAACUAUUGUGAUUUUGUAUAUUUUCAGCUUUUGCAAACUAAUUGCUCUGU